AUGGCGCUGAAAAGCAUCAACAUCAGCGGGAACUUCGACUGGUGCCCCUUCGAAGAGCACAAGAACUACCUGGCCUGCUUCACCUCCCACAACCUGCUGUACUCCAACGGAAGCAAUCUGAACAACUACGUGUACCUGCUGGACAUUAGCCUUAACAGCGAGGGGAGGAAUUUAGAAAUUGUGAGUAAGCUCAAUUUUGAGGAGGCCCUGAAAAGCGGGCAAAGUGGGAAGAAGAAAGGCACCAACGAGUACGUCACGAGUUUCGAAUGGGUAAACAGCAGCAGCUUUGUCGAGUCGGAGGGGGAAGGUGCUUUACGCAAGGGAAUAAUAGUGGGGGGGCUAACCAAUGGGGAUGUCAUUCUGCUAAACGCGCAAAAUUUAUUUGUGGAAAAACCAUCCCACGAGCAGUUCAUACUGAGUAAGGCAAAUGUACAUGAGGGGGCCAUAAACUGCCUAGAGUGUAACAAACACAAGAGCCAUUUGAUAGCAACAGGGGGAAAUGAUGGGCAGCUAUUCAUCACCGACAUUGAGAGUAUUUGCUCCCCAACUUCAUAUGACCCAUAUUUAGAUAAAAAUAAUUUACAAAAAAUUACCUGCCUAAAUUGGAAUAGGAAAGUAUCCCACAUUUUGGCUACCUCCUCAAACAAUGGCAACACAGUCAUUUGGGAUUUGAAAAUAAAAAAAGCGGCCGUCAGUUUUAGAGACCCACACAGUAGAACUAAAACUUCUUCUCUUGCCUGGCUAGCCAAUCAGCCAACCCAAAUUCUAGUUGCGUAUGAUGAUGAGAAGAGCCCCUGCAUGCAACUGUGGGACUUACGAAACGCCAACUACCCCAUCAAGGAGAUCAUUGGGCAUUCCAAAGGGAUUAACAAUAUCACCUUCAGCACCAUCGACACGAAUUUGUUAAUUUCGUCCGGAAAAGACACAACCAAGUGUUGGUACUUGAGCAGCGGUAACUUGGACGUAUUCAACGAGGUGAAUAACUCAGCCAAUAAUGUUUACUCUAAAUGGUCUCCCUUCAUCCCCGACUUGUUUGCUUCUGCUACUAGCAUGGACACGGUUCAGAUUAACUCCAUUAACAACGGCGUGAAGAUGACGAGCAAGUAUGUGCCCAGCUUUUACGGGAGGGCCGCGGGCAUCACCUUCGGCUUCGGCGGGAAGAUCUGCUGCUUUGGCAACGCCGCGGAGGAUAGCGGCGGGGUCAGCGGUGGCGGUAUUAGCGGGGUCAGCAGCGCAGCCACCGCUGCCACCGCCGGUGACCCCCCCGAGAGCAAGUUCCCCAUCAAGUGCCACAUCUACUCCACCGAAAUGGAGCUCAUCUCCGAGGCGGACAAAUUCGAAAAGUACAUCGCCAGCGGGAACUACUUCGAGUUUUGCGAAAGUAAAAUAGCCAAGACGGAGGACCAGCACGAGAAGCUCACCUGGAGGAUCUUGCAGUCGCUGUGCGCGUCGCAGAAGGAGGGAAUCGUUAAGCACCUCGGCUACGACAUGAGCGAAAUUGUGCAGAAGAUUGAGGGCAGCACGGGGAAGCAGCCGGGGUUUAUCUUUGACAAGCUGGCCGAGGAGGAGAAGGAGAAGCUCUUGGCGAAGAGCGCGUCGUGCACGCAGCUCGGUGGCGACAGCAUGGUGGGCGCAGGCAGCAUGAUGGGUGGCUCCGCGGCGGGAUUAGUACCCGGCGCGCCAAACUAUGAGCAUAUGAGUGGCGCAUACAUGACCGGAGGCGCGGUGGGCAUGGACCCGAACCUGCUGCCCCCCGGAGCAGCCGCCUCCACAGCCGCAGCCGCUUCCUCCGCCACCGCGGGUACCCCCAUGGUGAUAGACAACACGCAGGGCUUCAACUCAUCGUUCGACGUCGACCCGGAGAAGUUCUUCAGGGAGCUGGGCGAGAAGAAGGAAAAUGAAGAGACCACGCAGGAGGAGAAGCAGCCGAAGGGAGGUAAAGCGCCGGAGGAGGAGAAGCAACAAAAGGGAGACAAAACAGCGGAGGAGGAAAAACCACAGAAGGGAAAGAAAAAGGGAAAGGAUAAGGGGAAGAAAAAAGGAAAGGGAGCAAGUGGCGGCGUAACAGGAGCGGCGGACGAAGAAGGCGAGGGCGAGGGCGAAGAGGAAGAUGACGACGAUGGACUGGCUGGAAGCAACGGACCAGGAGGUGCCAAAGGUGAUGACCAAGGGAGUGGAAGCAAAGAGAAAACUCAAAUGAGUGAAAAUACAAAUUGGGACUCCGGCAUAGAAUCCAUCAUUAAAGAGUGCGUCCUAGUGGGGAACAUCGAAACGGCAGUAGAGUUAUGUCUGCACAAGAACCGAAUGGCAGAUGCCUUGUUCUUAUCCUCCUUUGGAGGUGAGCAGCUCUGGUAUAAAACAAAAACGUUAUACAUUAGGAAGCAGAAGAGCACCUUCAUGAGGAGCUUAAAUUACAUUUUGGAUGACCAACUGGAGCUCCUCGUUCAGCAGAUUGACCUCUCCUCCUGGGGAGAAGCCCUCUCCAUACUAUGCACCUACGCAUUAAAUAAGGCCAAUUUUAAUACCCUCUGUGAAACCCUAGCCAAGAGACUGCAAAAUGAAAAAUUUGACAUCCGGGCUGCAUCCAUUUGUUACCUUUGUGCCUCUAACUUUGACCAGACGGUGGAAAUCUGGAACGACAUGCCCUCUACGCAAAAUUGCCUUCUUAGUGUGCUCCAAGAUAUGGUAGAAAAAAUGACCGUUCUGAAGAUGGCCAUAAAGCAUGACGUGUUUAAUGCCAUCAUGAAUAGGAAGAUCAAUCAGUACGCCGAGCUGCUAGCCAAUUCGGGACGACUGAAAGCGGCCAUGACGUUCUUGUGCCUAACUCAGGAGGAUCAAACGGAGGAGAGUCUAAUCCUGAGAGACCGCAUUUUUAACAGCGGUGCGCAUAUGCUUUGCCACCAGGUGAAACCCCCCAUGUCUCCUUUCCAAGUGCUACAUGUAAAAUCGGCUGCGGGGGGGAUGAUGCACCAGGGUUACCAACCGUAUAAUCAGAACGCGCAAUUUAAGCCCAACGUCAUGGGCGGCGGCUUGAACCAUGGCCCGUCUAAGCUCUUCUCCCCCACGAAGAGCGCCACGUCCAUGAUUGCCCCCCCGCCGAUGCAGCCGUCCAUGCAGUCGGCACCCCCGCACGCCACCCACAUGGGCUACUCCGCCAUGCCGCCCAACAAAUUCAACACCCAAGUUAUAAACGCCCCCCCACCCCAACGCGCAUCCUUCGCAAGCACCUCUGCCAAGAAUUUCCCCCUGGGGAACGUCAGUGCGGUGAAGCCCCCAUCCAUGAGCACCAUGUCCCCCUCAUUCAUGAUGCCCCCCUCAGGACCUCCUCCCCCCUCGAGUGCCUCCCCCCCCUCCUACGCCUCCAUGUCGAAUCUUUCAAAUUUUAGCUCACCGCCGGGUAUGAAGGCAGAGCAGGAUGAUCAGAAGCAGACCGCACCGGGUGGAGGAGGAGCGGCAGCUGGAGGAGUGGGAGGUGUUGGUGGACCCAUGUUUCCCCCGCAGUCCUACGCCAACAACCAGAGACGAAUGCAACCGGGUGGAAGUGCCCCACCUGCACAAACCAACCAAAUGAGCAACCGGAGCUUCCCCUCCAUGCAAAAUGUCUCGCCCGCCCCCCCUGGAAAUAGAAAUGUGCCCGUCGCCCCCAAUUCGAACAGUAUGACCUUCCAGCAGGACAACUCUGGCCAGCCUUUCCUCAAAAGGGAGUGCAUAGAUCAGCAGGCGCCGUACGGAGGGGCAGUCAGCCCCCCGGGCAUGCAGCCCAGUAGCUUUGGCGCCUCCUUCCAGGACGGCACGAACAAGGUCGGGCUGGGCGGCCAGCCGGGCGGCCCCCCCUCAUCAGGCCUCAGCACGACGUCCCCAAUCGCGGGCGCCCUGACCGUCACCCCCGGAAUGCCGGUCCCCUGGCCCAUCCCCACGACGACCCAACAGCUCGGAUCCACGACCACCUCCACGGCGAACGAAAACAAGAAGAUACAAACGGCCACCAAAGAGCAGAACGGCGUGUUCAUGGGAAGGGGAAACGUAGACAAUGUGAAGAAGACCAUAAGUAGCUUCCUCAAUGGGUACAUCUCACAGGAGCCAAUGAAAAAGAAGGCAGAAGAUGUCUCCAUCAAGGUGCACGAGCUGUUUGAUAAGCUAGACACUGGGUCGUUUAAUGAGCAGAUAAAUGAGAGCAUCAUCAGUAUGGUUAGCGCGCUUAAUGCGAAUGAUUUCAGGGCAGCCAACAAGGUUAUAGUGGACCUGAGUAGGAACUUGUGGGACGGGAGCAACAAGUCAUGGAUUAUGGGCCUCAAGUGCAUUAUACCAAAGUGCUGA